CGGUCAUGUGAUCAGCUGUGUCCAAUCACAGCUGAUCACAUGGGACAUAUGCAUUGAUCAUCAGGGCACUGAUAAUCAGUGUGCCCUGAUGAUCAGUGUGGCCCCAGAAGUGCCACCUGUCAGUGUCCAUCAGUGCCAGCUGUCAGUGCUGAACAGUGCCACCUGCCAGUGCCACAUCAAUGCCACACAUCAGUGCCUACCAGUGCACAUCAAUGCCACAUAUCAGUGCCCAUCUGAGUUGCCUUUCAGUGUCACCCAUCAGUGCCACCUAUCAAUGCCAAUCAGUGCCACCUAUCAGUGCUGCCUAUCAGUGCCAGUCAGUGCCUCCUAUCAGUGUGCGUCAAUAUGUGCCAUAUAUCAA